AUGCUGGAAGUGGCCUCGGCAGGAGGCAUGGGGGAAUGGAUGCACCACAGCCAGCCGCGCGUCGAGCUGCACCUUCCUUCUCCGCCACUGCCCUCCCUCCGGGACCUGGAGACCAGCUUUGUGCACGUCUCAGAGGCGCAGCUGGCGGCCAUCAUGCAGCACACGCAGCUCACCAGGCUGCGCCUCGAGUAUGCCGGCCUCAAGGCGCUGCCGCAGCAGCUCAGGGGCAUGGCCAACCUGCGCUGCCUGGAGCUGUGCAGCCAGCUGCGGCUGCCCAAGGGCUUUGCCAACCUGAAGGGCCUGCACCUCACCCGCCUCCAGAUCACCGACACAAACCUCGCGAAGCUGCCGCCGGCGCUGAGCAGCCUGACGGAUCUCGUCCAGCUGAUCCUGACAGAGAAUGAGCAGCUGGCGCACGGCUGGGAGCACCUGGCCAACCUGCCGCGCCUGGAGACCCUCAGCCUGGGCGGCAGCUACAGCCUGAACCCCGGCCUGCCCGCCUCGCUGACCACCUUUGCCUCGCUGCGCCACCUGAGCCUGCGCCUCACGCCGCACCUGGUGCGCAGCCUGUGGCCGCUGGCGCCGCGACUCGCCCACCUCACCUCCCUCGACAUUAUGGUUGCCGACAUGGAAGAGCUGCCGCACGCCAUCACGCACCUCUCCCGCCUGCAAAGCCUGGACCUGCGGCACAACCACCUGCUGGCCUGCGGCUGGCAGCGCCUGUCUGCCCUGCGCCAGCUGACGGCGCUGGAGCUGGAGGGCUGCACCCACGCCCCCGCGGACCUCCAUCUGCUGCUGCCCAUGGCGCAGCUGACGCUGUGA